GCAUAAACGAAAACAAAGCGGGUUAAGAAGGGAUUCUGUACAGAGUAAUAAUGUGACUCUUCCCCAGGUGAAAUGGCGUGGCAUACUAAUGCCAGACUAACCUCGCCACACAAAGUUGAUGUACCAACAUCAAAUUCAUUGUCACAUAGUGAAUCCUCUGGUAUGUCAGACCUGGUAUCCACAGUAACCAGGGAGAGUUCAAGGGAGAGCACCCAGGAGAGUUCAAGGGAGAGCACCAGGGAGAGUUCAAGGGAGAGCACCAGGGAGAGUUCAAGGGAGAGCACCAAGGAGAGUUCAAGUGAGACUUCCGACUCCAACAUAUCAGACACACAGAAGUUACUGGAGCAAAAAUAUGGUGUUGACAUGAGUGUGUAUUCUCAAGUUGAGGAUCUUACUCAUUUAGUGGGACCACUUACAGAGGACAGUAUUCUUAGGUGUUUACAAGCACGGUUCUACUCUCAACACUACCAGAAUAAGAUUGGUCCUGUAGUGGUCUCUGUGAACAGCUAUCAACAUCGGCCAAGCUGCCAGGCCUUGUUGGGGCCGGUCAAGGCUAGUGUCCUUCUACAAGGGGUUGUCAGGGAUGCAGUCACACAACAUGCUGACACUGGACACUCCCAGGCUAUUAUUGUCAGUGGGGAGAGUGGAAGUGGGAAGACAUUCUGUGCGAUGCAGUUACUACGCCAACUGUUUGACAUUGCGGGUGGAGGAUCGGAGACCGAUACAUUUAAACACCUGUCUGCCACCCUAACUGUUCUCCAGUCUCUGUGUUCAGCCACCACAGUCACCAACCCAGAGUGUAGCCGAGUGGGGAUGUUCAUAGAGAACUUUAUAAGUGACACUGCUAUCUACCGAGCGAAGAUACAUGCCUACCUACUGGACAGGGAAAGGGUGUGUAACAUCCAACGCUACGAAAAGAAUUACCAUAUUUUUUAUCAGAUGUUGAGUGGCCUUGGCUCUGAGGAGAAAGCCAAGCUACACCUGACCGGCUACUCCAUCCACAACCUACGCUACCUCAGCUCGGGAAGCUCUCUACAGAAUGAACUAGAGGAUAAGGCACGCUUUGAUGCCUGGAAGAGUGCCCUGUCGAUUUUGGGUAUUCCUUUCUCAGAUGUGAUGAGAGUGUUCUCUGCUGUCCUCCUGCUGGGGAAUAUAGAGUUUGUGGAGGGCACUGGUCUGGAACUGGACCUGGUGGGCAAUAAUGAGAUCAAGGCUGUAGCUGCCCUGCUGGGAGUAUCUGGGGUAGCCCUGUACCGAGGAUUUACAACUCGGACCAGGAACUCACGGGGACAGGUCUGCAAGUCUCUGGCAGAUGUUAACAUGGCAAACACAACUAGAGAUGCCUUAAGUAAGGCCCUCUACUUCAGGACAGUGUCAGCAAUAUUAAAACGAGCAAAUAGCAUUAGGAGACCUUCCUGUAAUUCCACUCUAUCAGACAGCACAGAAUCCAACCUUCAUCAAGAUGCCCUAGGGAUUUCCGGGGUGAGGGACAUGCCCCUUAGUCGGAACCCGUCCCUAACCAGCAGUGUGUGCAGCAACUACAGCAAAAAGACCAGAUUUGAUGGUUUCAUCAGUAUUGUGGACAUGUUUGGAUUUGAGACAGCUGAGUGUAAUCGGUUGGAACAACUAUGUAUAAACCUAUGUGCAGAAACCAUGCAGCAUUUCUACAACACCCAUGUGUUUAAGAGCACCAUGCAGUCUCUUAGAGAGGAAGGUGUACAAGCUGAUAUAGAGGUCACAUACUUUGACAAUGAACCAAUCCUUGAGCUCCUCUCAUCCAAGAGGAGUGGGUUGCUAAGUAUUCUGGAGACAGAGUGUGCCCAGCCACGUACAUCACCGGAUACCUUUGUUAGCAAGGCCAAAGUCCACCACAGGAUCCACAACUAUUUUUUUGAACCACUGCCAAAGGCAUCAUGUGUGUUUGGUAUCCGCCAUUUUGCUGGCCGCGUAGUGUAUGAUGCAUCAAACUUCCUGACUAACAACCGUGACCAGCUUUCUGAUGACGUCAUCUCUAUCCUCUCCAAACAGAACUGCAACUUUGGUUUUGUGUCACACCUGUUUGCUCGGGAAACAAGGAGCUCAAGUAGUAGUGGACCCGGACCCAAAGGCAUGAAACACAGAAUACUGCCGUCAUCUUCAUCAGGGCGUAGUGGAUCAGAAGAGGUCCGAGGAACGCUGUCCAGUGACUUCCAAAGCAAGCUUGACAGCCUGAUCAGAACUCUGGUUCACACCAAACCACAGUUCAUCCACUGUCUCAAGAGUAAUGAUCGAUGUGAGUUGGAUAUGUUUGAUAAGGAUGUCAUCCUCCGUCAGUUACGGUCUCUUCAAGUUCUGGACACUGUCCAGCUGAUGGCCGGAGGUAUCCCACACAGAAUGAGGUACAAGUCCUUCAACAAUCGCUACGCCAUCUUUGUUCGCCACUGGAACCCUUACCAAACCAGCUCACAACAGGAACACUGCAAGGCAAUACUGAACAGUUUCCUCAAGGCCAUGGACGAUAGCAAGCUCCCCUAUGUCAGUACACAGUGGACUCUGGGCAAGAAGCAUAUCUUCUUCAGUGAAGGGACUCGACAACAGUUGGAGGCCAUGAGAGCGGAGAAGUUUGACAAGGCUGCUUCCCUCAUACAGGCUUUGUGGAAGGGAUAUACACAGCGUAAACUGUGGCCAGAGAAACGCAAAAGUCUACAGGCACAACAAGGCAACCCUAAGGCUACUUUCCCAAUACAGAGAAAAAGAAGUAAAACUAAAGAAAGUGGACCAAAGAAAGACCCUCGAUUACUACAGCAAGCCUCAAACUACUACAAAAUCAGUCUGGACGCUGCGCCAGCAAUCCCUGCAACCCGGUCCUACAACGUGUCUGGAAAUGUACGUCUCAGCUACCCACAAUUCAGAGUCAUGAAGGACAAUUUUCCAAAGGUGGCCAGUGACGGUAAAGUGUUGUGUCGAGGUGAAGAGGUCAAGGUCGUAGGGCCAGCAUCACUGAGAGGUCAUCUUAAAGUGCAGCGUGGAAAUGUGUGUCUAGAUGUGCCCUACCACUUGUUGGAUCUGAAGACUGUACCUGAUCCAGAUGGGAUGGACAUAUGAGUAAACACACACAACUGGAAGAUUUCAGGGUGAGGCAAGAUGGCCAUAUCAUACCGUAAUUAAGGAGAGAACCCACAAUUAGCAUCAAUAUGGAAAUGACAUACACAUGCUUGUGAGCACAGAAACAGCCGAGACGGAUCACCAUGGAGAUGAGACACAGAUAUUAGUGAGUACAGAAACGGCCCAGACGGAUCACCAUGGAGAUGAGACACAGAUAUUAGUGAGUACAAAACGGCCCAGACAGAUCACCAUGGAGAUGAGACACAGAUAUUAGUGAGUACAGAAACAGCCGAGACGGAUCACCAUGGAGAUGAGAUAAACAUAUUAAUGAGUACAGAAACAGCCGAGACAGAUCACCAUGGAGACGAGACACAGAUAUUAGUGAGUACAGAAACGGCCCAGAUGGAUCACCAUGGAGAUGAGACACAUAUAUUAAUGAGUACAGAAACAGCCGAGACAGAUCACCAUGGAGAUGAGACACAUAUAUUAGUGAGUACAGACUAACUGUGACAGGAGAUAGCCAUGACAAUAACUUGAGUGACCCAGGGAUGAAUGCAUUUUUAUACACAUGGAAAGCAGAAGUCCGUGUCUGUAACCAGUGCUGCCUCUACGUCCCUGUCUGUAACCAGUGCUGCCUCUACGUCCGUGUCUGUAACCAGUGCUGCCUCUACGUCCGUGUCUGUAACCAGUGCUGCCUCUACGUCCGUGUCUGUAACCAGUGCUGCCUCUACGUCCGUGUCUGUAACCAGUGCUGCCUCUACGUCCGUGUCUGUAACCAGUGCUGCCUCUACGUCCGUGUCUGUAACCAGUGCUGCCUCUACGUCCGUGUCUGUAACCAGUGCUGCCUCUACGUCCGUGUCUGUAACCAGUGCUGCCUCUACGUCCGUGUCUGUAACCAGUGCUGCCUCUACGUCCGUGUCUGUAACCAGUGCUGCCUCUACGUCCGUGUCUGUAACCAGUGCUGCCUCUACGUCCGUGUCUGUAACCAGUGCUGCCUCUACGUCCAUGUCUGUUACCAGUGCUGCCUUUACAGGCAAUGGAGAAAUAUCAACAGGACUGUCUAUCUCGUUAGAAGUAGUUGUUUCAUAAAUGUGUGCCCUGGAUAAACCAAGGAGAUCUUGCAAAAUGUACUAUGAUGCCAUACUGUUCCAACAGCAAUAAGCGUUGUGGAGGACAACCAUUUGUGAUGAUGCGCUACAGUCUGUCCCAAUUUGUGACAACAUGCCCAUUUCUGGGAAAGCUUUUGAGAUAGAGAAUCAAAAUAGACCUAUACCUUUCAUGUCUUUCAAAGUUUAACCAAGAACAUUGUUAGUCCCUUUGCCAGUGGACAACUUUGGUUAACAUAAGGCUUUUACUGCCAAACAGUUUGUACAUACUUAAAAACCAUUGCCUUAUAAUGUCAGAUUUUUGCUGAAUAUUUUUAUAAUGUACAUGUAUAACCAUCUAGAUAUUGCCUGAAAUAUUGUGUUCAGCAUGCUAAUCAUUAUGCAUAUCCUGUUAAGAUAUUAAACAUGAUAUUUAGGUACAGGGAGGUAUUAAGAUAAUAAACAUCUUAUCAUUCCUCCAUAGACACCUUAUUUGCACCUUCAGGAAUAUGGGGGGCAUUUGCAGGACUUCUGUAAUGGUUUCCUAUGCAAUUAGCACUUGUUUUAUAAAUGUAUUGGGUUAUCAACUUUUCAACUAAAGUGAGUUAUGUUAGGUUUGGAUCCUGUGUAUGGUCCACAACUUGUAUUAAGUGAGUUAUGUUAAGUUUGGAUCCUGUGUACAGUAUGUUAGGUUUGGAUCCUGUGUACGGUAUGUUAGGUUUGGAUCCUGUGUACAGUAUGUUAGGUUUGGAUCCUGUGUACGGUCCACAACUUGUAUAAAGUGAGUUAUGUUAGGUUUGGAUCCUGUGUACGUUAUGUUAGGUUUGGAUCCUGUGUACGGUGUGUUAGGUUUGGAUCCUGUGUACGGUAUGUUAGGUUUGGAUCCUGUGUACGGUAUGUUAGGUUUGGAUCCUGUGUACGGUCCACAACUUGUAUAAAGUGAGUUAUGUUAGGUUUGGAUCCUGUGUACGGUAUGUCAGGUUUGGAUCCUGUGUACGGUAUGUUAGGUUUGGAUCCUGUGUACGGUGUGUUAGGUUUGGAUCCUGUGUACGGUAUGUUAGGUUUGGAUCCUGUGUAUGGUAUGUUAGGUUUGGAUCCUGUGUACGGUGUGUUAGGUUUGGAUCCUGUGUACGGUAUGUUAGGUUUGGAUCCUGUGUACGGUAUGUUAGGUUUGGAUCCUGUGUACGGUAUGUUAGGUUUGGAUCCUGUGUACGGUGUGUUAGGUUUGGAUCCUGUGUACGGUAUGUUAGGUUUGGAUCCUGUGUACGGUCCACAACUUGUAUAAAGUGAGUUAUGUUAGGUUUGGAUCCUGUGUACGGUAUGUUAGGUUUGGAUCCUUUGUACGGUAUGUUAGGUUUUGAUCCUGUGUACGGUAUGUUAGGUUUGGAUCCUGUGUACGGUAUGUUAGGUUUGGAUCCUUUGUACGGUAUGUUAGGUUUGGAUCCUGUGUACGGUAUGUUAGGUUUGGAUCCUGUGUACGGUAUGUUAGGUUUGGAUCCUUUGUACGGUAUGUUAGGUUUGGAUCCUGUGUACGGUAUGUUAGGUUUGGAUCCUGUGUACGGUAUGUCAGGUUUGGAUCCUGUGUACGGUAUGUUAGGUUUGGAUCCUGUGUACGGUAUGUUAGGUUUGGAUCCUGUGUACGGUGUGUUAGGUUUGGAUCCUGUGUACGGUAUGUUAGGUUUGGAUCCUGUGUAUGGUAUGUUAGGUUUGGAUCCUGUGUACGGUGUGUUAGGUUUGGAUCCUGUGUACGGUAUGUUAGGUUUGGAUCCUGUGUACGGUAUGUUAGGUUUGGAUCCUGUGUACGGUAUGUUAGGUUUGGAUCCUGUGUACGGUGUGUUAGGUUUGGAUCCUGUGUACGGUAUGUUAGGUUUGGAUCAUGUGUACGGUAUGUUAGGUUUGGAUCCUGUGUACGGUAUGUUAGGUUUGGAUCCUGUGUACGGUAUGUUAGGUUUGGAUCAUGUGUACGGUAUGUUAGGUUUGGAUCCUGUGUACAGUAUGUUAGGUUUGGAUCCUGUGUACGGUAUGUUAGGUUUGGAUCCUGUGUACGGUAUGUUAGGUUUGGAUCCUGUGUACGGUAUGUUAGGUUUGUAGAGUUAUUGUGGCCAACCUCAGUAAUACAGGAGGCUGUAAAUAUGGUAUUUAUUUCCUGAUUUCUGUUUUAAUUUAUAGAAUGAUAACAUUCAUGAUCUACUCACAUAUGUCAUUACAACAUUGAGAGACACUUUUAUGAAUGAAGGGAUUCAAAGCCUUUAUCGUACAUGUAUGUAUCUGUUUUAAACUGUUAAUUACUUUUUGUUAUGGUUUUGUAUAUUUGUUAUUGUUAUUACUCUGCCAUGCAGUCAAACCUGCCUUAGCGACCACCUGAAUUAAACGACUCCCUGUCAUAUGUGACCCUAUUUUCCCCUCCCAUGGUUAUUAAUUAUACUAGUUACCUGAACCUGGAUUAAGGGACCACCUGUCACAUGUGACAAUUUAAUUGCAUCCCUUGAAAGGUCAUUUAUGACAGGUUUGACUGUAUUUGUACAUUAUAGACGAAGUUACCUCCCCUGCUAAACAACUGUGAUAAUCAUGAUCAAGAUUACAUUGCUUUUAAUACAUCGUAAUGAACAUUAUCAGUAGUGUUUAAUGUUAUCAGUCAUUGGGAAAUCUGACCACUGUGUUUGAAGUUAAAGCAAUAUACAGACAGAUCCUGGUGCUGACAAAAUAUGCAGAGUAAAAUUAUGCUGAGUUAAAUAGGGCGAUUCAGUUAUAUGCCUUCAAACCAAUACUAGGAUACCAUGGAGGAAAUGGUAUGACUGAUAGAUCGGAAAAUGUUGGAGAAGUAGAGAUGGAUCGAUGGUUAAGUGGGUGUGGUCUUGGUUGUUGUUGGGAUACUAGAGAAACAGUGAUUUACCUUGAACUCCGAUAGUAAUUACAAAUUUUAAGAAAUUUGACUGAUUUUGUUUAGCUCACCUGGUCUGAAGGACCAAGGUGGGCCUAUGCCAUACUCUGGAGUCCUGCAUCCUUCCGUCAUCAAUUGACUUCUUCUUCUUAACCACUGAUCAGAAUUUGACCAAAUUUGGUAGGUAGCAUCCCAAGGUGGCCAGGAUUCAAAUUUAUACAAAUGAUAGGGCAGGACCCCCCCCCUCCCCCCUAGGGGCCUGAGAGGUGGGGCCGAAAGGGGCCAUUUGUCAACAGCUUCUAAUUUUAACUAUAAGCAAUAUAAGAUAUUUAUUUUGGUUACAUCCUUAGGUGACAGGGAUUCCAGUUUAUAGAAAUGAUUUCAAGUUUAAAAAAAUGAUAAGGCUGACCCCCCAGGGACCUGAUGAGGGGUGGGGCCAAAAGGAGUCAAUUUUGCAAUAUUGAUAUUAAUGACUUCUUCUCUGGAACUAAGCAAUAUAUGACAUUUAUAUUUCAGCGGUAACAUCCCUAAGUGACUCCAUAUGUAUAAGUCUUAAUUAUCAGUAUUUCUAGUUUAAUAUAUGAUUGGAUAAAUUGUAGGAAGUUUUAAACUAUUUCAUUCUGAGUCAUCCAUGAAAUACAGUGUAGGUUCCAGAAUUUUAUUCGUCAAAUUUUAACAAAAUCAAUUACAUUAAGAAUCAAGGUAAUAUUCUAUCACAGAUGUUUCAUUAAGAGAGUUAAAGAGAAUUAUUAAAACUUAA